AUGGCCAAACCCCUCAACAACCCAGAUUCGUCACCCGUCAUCGAGCGACAAUCCCUCUGCCUUCCAGGCGAGGAGCCUGGCGUGUCGGUGCACUAUGGCCAGGAGGGCUUCGUCCAGAACCUUGCCCGGCACUUUGCCUCUGCAGAAAACAAUGCCGCCGAGAAGCUCGUGCAGUUGAAGCGUAACCUGAAGGAUGCAGACACGGAAGGCUUCUGGCAGACACUGAUGGAGGGCAUGACUGAGAUCUGCCAGGCACAAUACGCAUUCGUGGCCAAAAGAGUCCUGGCCGACGACCACAAAUCAACAGUGGAGAUGCCGCCCAUCGGGGAACCAGGAUCCUGUCUGCUCGGGGUGGCCUACUAUUACAACGACGGUGACAAACAGAAAGCUAUGCACCGCGACUACGAGUAUAGGGCUUGGGAAGCGCCUUGUGCUCAUAUGAAGCAUGACAAGGUGUUUUUGAUCCCCAACCAAAUGAGCUCUUUCGUCGCUCACAAUCCCAAUACCUUACCGUUCCCAGCCGAAGGUUACCUGGCGGUUCCUCUAUUCCACGACAAGAAAUGUUUCGCUCACUUCGGCAUGAUGUGGACGCAAGAAGGCCUGGAUCGUCGGAACACUUCGUGGAGUUACACCGAAAUGCUUUUACAUUCCUUGGAAGACAUUGUUACUGAGCGGCUUGUCAGCGGCCAAGGGUUCGUCAAGGCUCAGUCGACUCCCGCUGGUCCGCUGAAUGAAGUCAUCCCCCAAGAAGCGGUCCCCCCGGCCACCCAAUCCCUCAGACCCUAUGCUAAAAAUCUAUCACACGAAUUGAGGACGCCCAUGCAAGGCGUGGUGGGCAUGUUGGACGUCAUGCAUGCCACGGUGCAGGAACAGAUCGAAGCCCAAUUUCAUCCUUCCGUUCGACCUAUAUUCCAGACACUCAAAGACAGCAUCGAAACUGUCCAGGACAGCGCCAAGCGGGCGGUCGAAGCUGCUGACAAUGUUGUUCAUGCCUACGAUAUGAACUUGCAAAUCCCAGACACCCCUCAAGACGAGCACGAAUCUUCCGCCAACCCAUCAGCGACGACUGGGUAUUUCGACUACAAACCUGCGAGGCUCAUUGAAGGCAGCGAUAUACAUGUGACCUCAUACAAACGACGUCGAAGCAGUCCUACGUCCUGGCAUUUCGGCAAUGCCACCAAAAUCCGGCAUCUGUCCACUCGCGCCGAUGUUUCACCCAAAAGCGUUCUCCCCCAGUCCUUCCAGCCCCCUACGUUGACACCUCAAACGACAGUUUCAGAAGACCGCAGCCCUGCAUUGUUCACGCCCAUGCAAGAUGGUUUACCAUCCAGCGAUUUCACCACCCCGUCGACAAAGUUUUCUCUUGAAAUGGACGCGUUGCCAACCCCCGGGCUCAAACAAUGCAGGAUUAGAGACCUUAUCCCGGUUGUGAUCCAUGAGUCGCUACGAGUCGGAGGUAGGCCAGACUCGGCCAUUGGAGAACACACCACCUUCGGGGAAAGGAUAGUCGCCAGGUCGCGGUCGUCAAACGGCACUGUCUCACAAAGAACGAUCGAGUGGGCGGUAGCACCAGACGUUCCAGAAACUCUGCUGGUCGAUGAACGCGACCUGGCCAAGUUGGUAUCAGCCGUGUUUCUCAAUGCCGUAAAAUUCACCGACGACGGGGUCAUCAAUCUCAAUAUACAGCAGUCAAAAACCCAACGCUAUCUGAUUGUCAAUGUCAAGGACACGGGCGAUGGGAUCCCCGAAGAUUUCCAACCUGAGCUAUUCAAACCAUUUUCCCGAGAGGACGAUUCAUUGACACGGUCAAAGGAGGGCCUCGGCCUUGGCCUUCUGGUUGCCAAAGGGCUCGCUCGACGACUGGGCGGCGAUAUCAAUUUGGUCAAGUCAGCGGUCCACGGACCUGACAAGGGCUCCGAGUUCGAGAUUAAGAUCCCGCUGGACUUGACCGAUGAAGUCAGUCGGGCUUCUAGCCCCCGCAGUCGAACCCCGGAUGUGCCAAAGACUGUCUCGCGCCCACCCACAACCUUGACCCCGUCCUCACAAUUACCUGCUUCGCAUAUAUCAGCACCUGGAGCCGUCCAAAGUCCGAUGCCGCAAGGAAUCAAAAUUCUAGGCCCUCCGACUAUGACCAAGGGUCCCCCAGGUUCAACCGCGAUCGGUAAACCUGGCCGAGUUUCUUCUCCUCCUCGCCUCCCCUCGCGCAGGGAUUCUUAUGAUAGAAACUUGGCCGAAAAAUAUCCGCUUACGUUUCUCGUUGCCGAAGACAACAAAAUCAAUCGAAAGUUGCUUGUCAACAUGCUGGGCAAACUAGGUUACAAGGAUGUUCACGAGGCGUUUGAUGGCAAGGAAGCCGUCAGGGUCAUGCAAGAAAUCCAGGCUACCGGUAGCAGACGCAGUGGCCUAAACGGCAGGCAAGCUAAGAAAAAGGUUGACGUGAUUUUGAUGGACCUAUGGAUGCCUGAAAUGGACGGAUACCAGGCCACCGAGUGCAUUCUGGACAUGUUUCGAAAAGACCGGUCGGGGAUUCGCCACGGAUCCAACCCCGAUUCCAUGGCGCCCCCAAUCGUGCUGGCGGUCACGGCUGAUGUUACCGCGGGAGCACUGGAGCGGGCGACCAAGACCGGCAUGGACGGCUUCAUGACCAAACCGUUCAAGCUGGCGGAUCUCCAAAGAUUAAUCGUUGAAUUUUGUGUCAAAAGCGAUGGCGUUAAAGGUACGGCUUGA